AAUCCCUAUUUCUCAUAUCUGGAUAACCGUGCUAAUAAGUAAAGACGAUCAGCAUACUCCCCAAAUCCUACGAGUAUUUUAGAACCCGUAAUUUGCGAAAUUCCAGGAGUGUGCGUUCGAAAGUGAAUUUUUGAACGGCUUGUAAAUUCCAAAAAAGCGGCCAAAUAGGCACCAACCAAAGUUAUACAGUUCAAAGAUCACUUUCGGCCCUUCCAGCGCGAUUUGAAAUUUCUGCAGAUAUUUGAAAACUCCCUGGAAGCUCCAUAAUAGUCGAAAACUACUAGCUGAUAUAUAGUGCGUGAUUGUGAAAUUGAAGAAAUUAUUCACAUUCGAUCACUCUGCUCAAAAACUUCUCUCUCAUGAAAAAGUUUCAAAAUCGCCCAUAAAACAACACUUUUUUGACUUUUUUUAAAUUUUCAAAAAUUCGCCACAGGCCCAAAAAUGAACUUCACAAUCUGAUAUUUUGGCGACGGGAGUUUUAGAACAUGCUCUUUUGAUCUAGCGUGGUUUCAUUCAAAUUAGAGAGUGUGAGUUCGAAAGGUUCCCUCAUUAGGAUGACCUUGUAGAGUAGAUGCCUUGAAAGACAUGUAAGUACAGUACUAGUAUGUUAAGUACGAGUAGCUAAGCUUUUCUCCAUUCGAACGACAACGUCCAUGAAUGGUAUUCAAGUGCGCAAGUAGCCUACCAUACUUAUAAACUUAAGAAAUGUUAAUGUAGAUAAAUAAAUAUCUGAUCCCAUUCUGAAUUUGUAAACUUGAAAAGUGCUGCUGUAAAUUUUUAAAUUGUUUGACUUCGAGAGUAUAAUACCUAAUUUAAUCAAAAUGACCUCGAGAAUGACUUAGUUUCACAAAAUAUAAACACGCAUUCAAUUUUUAUUGAUAACAAUUUGAACCGUUUACUUUUACGUUCAUUAAGAAAUGUUAUGAAACUUCUACGUAUAAAUAAAUACAUACCUAAUAUCAGACAACUUAUUUUUUUCGAUUCGUUUCGUCGUUAACUUUUGGAUCUGUUGUGCGCCAGAAAUCAAAUCGUGCAUUAUUUUUCUCAGAGUGUGAUUUUACGCCUAAAAUAUUUCACCGUAUUUUUGGCCAUUUUUAACAAUGGGUCACACUCAUUCUUAAUUUGGUGUUCUACAAUUUUAUAUUGCCCAAUUUUCUCCGAUAAAGUGAAAUUUUAUCUGUAUUUUUUCUUGCUUCGUGAAAAUGGAAUUACUCGGUGUUCUCAACGUAUUCGAUCCUGCAUCGCUGUUGAUUCUUCUGGGAAUAAGCUUGCUCACGUUUUUAAUCAAGUACACAAUAACUCAGUGUCAAAGAGACCCUCGUAUGGUGAAAUUUGCCAAAACCUUGCCAGGCCCUCCAGCGUUGCCUUUAGUUGGGAAUAGUCUGAAGUUUCAUUCCAAAGAAGAUCCGGUAAAGCUGGCUGUUGAAUACAAUAGAAAAUACGGCGAUACGUAUCGAUUAUGGUUGAGCAAAUACCUUGCGAUAACGUUUUGCAACGUUGACGAUUUAGAGAACAUUUUUAUGAACUCGAAAAUGUUGAAGAAACCGAAACUCUUUCAACCACUUCAGGAUUUCUUUGGUGAUGGGAUACUGAUUACAAGUUCUAUUCCGAAAUGGAAAAAGCACAGAAAAUACUUUUUCCCUGUACUAAGCCGCAACGCAUUACCAAGAUACACAUCUAUAAUUAAUGAGAAAACUGAAUUGGUGGCUAAAAAAAUGCAAGAUUUAGUAGACGGUCCGGAAUUCGACGCUUGGGAUUACAUGCCGAACUUGGCUUUCGAUAUUAUUCUCAAAUCAAUGAUGAAUGUCGAUUUGGAUUGGAAUGACAGUUCACUUCUGCAGUACUACAAUGCGAGCCUCGAAGGCUUGGACAUAUGUUUUAGAAAAGUUCUAUCGCCUUGGUUGCAACACAAAGUCAUUGAUUACUUUUUAUACAAGAAGAAAUCUCAAACACAUCGAAGAACAGCUGAAGAAUUCCUACGAAAACUGAUUGAAGAGAAAAAACAUGAAAUUCUAAGUGAAAUAGAAGCUCAUAAAACCACAGUUGGAGCCAACCCAGAAGAUGUUCCAGCAAAACGAUUUCUAACAUUAGCUUACGAAUUAGCAGACUCAGAAAAUGAUGAAAACAGUAUGUUGGAUGAACUUAUCAUAAUACUUGCAGGGGGAACAGAUCCAGCACUCGUAACCUCAUUGUUCCUAUUAAUGGUAGCUAUGCAUCCAGAUAUACAGGAUAAAUUAUACGACGAGCUGUACGAAAUUUUUGGAGACAGUGAUAGACCAGCUGAUGAAAAUGACGUGGAACGAUUGCUAUAUCUAGAUCAAGUUAUAAAAGAAACCUUGCGACGAUUUCCUAUACCUAUGAUACUUCGUGAAGCUGAGGAAGAUGUUAAAAUAGGAGAUCGAAUUAUUCCGGCAAAUACCAUCGUAAUUGUAUCUAUUUCUGCGGUACACUUGAAUCCUAAAUACUACCCGGAUCCUUGGAAGUUCAAUCCGGAUAAUUUCAGUCCAGAAAAUGUAGGAAAACGUCCCAAACUGGCAUUUUUAGCAUUCAGUGCAGGUCCCAGAAUGUGUUUAGGCUACAAUUUUGGUAUGCUCGAAACAAAACUAACGCUGAGUGCGUUGCUGAGAAAAUUCACGUUCUAUACAAAUAUGAAAUUGGAAGAUGUUUAUACGGAUAAUGGAUUCGCAAUGACUUCCGUGAAUGGAUAUAAGUUGUCUAUUACAUCGCGAGUUAGGAAACCUUCUUAUUUAAAGAAAUAAAAUUUAUUACUAUGUAGAUUAAAUAAUGGUUUAUUUUUUGA